ACGACCAAUAACUACUCACGUGUCAUCACGAUGAGAUUAUUAUCCUCUCGAUCCAACGGACGCAAAACACUCCCUCUUUCUCCUCCUCUCUUUCUCUCUCUCUCUCUCUCUCGCCGCGACCUCCGUUCGCCGUUUUCCGAUUCCUCCUGAGCUUGAUCUGAGAUGGCGGAUUCCGACAACGAUUCAGGCGGACACAAGGACGGGGGAAGCGCGUCGACGCGUGAGCAGGAUAGAUUUCUCCCGAUUGCAAACGUGAGUCGGAUCAUGAAGAAAGCAUUGCCGGCGAACGCAAAAAUCUCAAAGGACGCGAAGGAGACUGUCCAGGAGUGCGUAUCGGAAUUCAUAAGUUUCAUCACCGGCGAGGCCUCCGACAAGUGUCAGAGAGAGAAGAGGAAGACAAUCAACGGCGACGAUCUUCUCUGGGCGAUGACGACGCUAGGGUUCGAGGAUUACGUUGAGCCGUUGAAGAUCUACCUGCAAAAGUACAGGGAGGUGGAAGGGGAGAAGACGACCACGGGGAGACAGGGCGAUAAGGAAGGUGGCGGCGGAGGUAGUGGAAGCUCCGGCGGUGGCGGAGGAGGAGGAGGAGGAUACAAUGGAGGAGGAGCUACGACGGCGGGCGGAGGGAUGUACGGUGGGAUUGUGACGAUGGGGCAUCAUCAUCAAGGACACGUGUACGGCGCUGGAGGGAUGCAUCACACACAGCAAAGUGGGUCCGCACGUGCUGAUUAAUUAAGAACAAACGCAAAUUGGGAAAAAUCAAAUUAUAAAGUAAAAUGUUGGAACAAAUUAGAAUCAGCCACAUCGCCGCUCACUGCUCUCUCCUUGCGCAGCCUCUGACUCCGUUAACUCAAAAUGGCUCGAGCUUAAAUUCACAGGAGAAUACUAUAUGCAAUACGCGGCAAGAGGCCUUGAAGAGAUAAAGAAUGAUGAAGAAAUCUAUACUGUGUGUGGCUGUUUUGACACGGCUUCUUCUAUUAACAUAGCGGAGAUACUCGGUGAAACAUCCCAGAGCUCAGAGACGGAGAGACCUCUAACCUCACGACAUCAUACUGACCAAUCUUGUUCAGAGGCAUACAAAAGAAGCGUUCUCAAAGAGUCAAAGCACCCUUGGUACACGUUACGAGAUGGAGACGAUCUGGCACGACUUCUUAAGGAUGCUUCUCAGGCUUACGAGGAGGAUCUUGUGGCUGUGCGUAGGGAAAAGGACGAGCAAGCUGCUGAGGAAUUCGCGCACCAAGAAAUUUGGGUUGAGUUUCUUAGUUCACUUAAUUGA